AUGCAGCAGCAGAUGCCCAUGCAGCCGGCGCCCGCUGCGGCGGCGGCGGCGGCGCCCCCGGCGGCCGGCAUCACCACCGAGCAGAUCCAAAAGUAUUUGGACGAAAAUAAGCAACUUAUUUUGGCCAUCCUGGAAAAUCAGAACUUAGGAAAGUUGGCUGAAUGUGCUCAGUAUCAAGCUCAACUUCAAAAGAACCUCUUGUACCUGGCUGCGAUUGCUGAUGCCCAACCCCAACCACCGCAAAACCCUGCAGGUCGCCCUCAGAUGAUGCAACCUGGUAUAGUGCCAGGUGCGGGGCAUUACAUGUCACAAGUACCAAUGUUCCCUCCAAGAACUCCAUUAACCCCACAGCAAAUGCAAGAGCAGCAGCAGCAACAGCUUCAGCAGCAGCAAGCGCAGGCUCUUACAUUCCCUGGGCAGAUGGUCAUGAGACCAGCUACCAUCAACGGCAUGCAGCAGCCUAUGCAGGCUGACCCUGCCCGGGCAGCGGAGCUGCAGCAGCCACCACCUGUCACAGCCGACGGGCGAGUAAGCAAGCAGGACACAACGGCUGGCGUGAGCUCAGAGCCUCCUCCAAAUGAGAGUCACAAGACCACAACCGGAGCAGAUAGCGAGGCAGGUGGUGACGUGGCAGAGAAAUCCUAA